AUUCCCGAGUUGGCCUCUCUAGUUUAUCCUUAAAGAUGACUUCCUAUCUUAUCUUACCAGAGUCAAGAAGCAGAAGCAGGUCUUGGUUUCUUUCUUUAAAGGAUUUAUAAAGAAAGUGCUGAGAAGGGAAGAAGGUAGAAGAGAAGAGAUGGAAGGAGGUGUUGUUGAAGCUGAUGCUUCAGCUUUCAAGGAGUGUUUCUCUCUUGCUUGGAGAAAUCCUUAUGUUCUUAGGCUUGCUUUCUCUGCUGGAAUCGGUGGCCUUCUUUUUGGCUAUGAUACUGGUGUGAUUUCUGGUGCAUUGCUCUACAUCCGUGAUGAUUUCUCCUCCGUUGAUCGAAAAACAUGGUUACAGGAGAUGAUUGUGAGCAUGGCAGUUGCAGGGGCAAUAGUCGGAGCAGCGGUUGGAGGAUGGACAAAUGAUCGAUUCGGGCGAAGAUUUUCAAUUCUAGUUGCAGACUUCCUCUUCUUUGUGGGUGCCGUCAUUAUGGCAGCGGCUCCGAGUCCUACUCUGCUCAUUGUAGGACGUGUCUUUGUGGGUCUCGGUGUGGGAAUGGCAUCAAUGACAUCCCCACUCUACAUAUCAGAGGCUUCUCCAGCGAAAGUACGCGGUGCACUUGUUAGUACGAAUGGCUUUCUGAUUACAGGAGGCCAGUUUCUGUCCUCCCUCAUCAAUCUAGCAUUCACAAAUGUACAUGGAACUUGGAGGUGGAUGCUUGGAAUAGCAGCAUUGCCAGCUUUACUGCAGUUCAUACUGAUGUUGCUUCUUCCAGAAUCACCGCGAUGGCUUUACAGGAAGAGAAGAGAAGCAGAAGCUGAGGCAAUAAUGAGAAAAAUAUACCCUGCUCAGGAAGCAGACAAAGAAAUACAAGCACUGAAAGACUCAAUUGAAGCAGAAAUCAAGGAAGAAGGAUCAUCAGAAAAAAUCAACAUUACUAAGUUGCUGAAAACAAAGACAGUAAGGAGAGGACUCAUUGCAGGAGUUGGUCUUCAAAUUUUUCAGCAAUUUGUCGGCAUAAACACAGUCAUGUAUUAUAGUCCAACCAUUGUCCAAUUAGCCGGUUUCGCAUCAAACCAGACAGCUGUUGCCCUCUCACUUGUAACUUCAGGUCUCAAUGCAAUGGGUACCAUUGUCAGCAUUUACUUCAUAGAUAGAACAGGGAGGAAGAAGCUUCUGAUCAUUAGUCUAUGUGGCGUCAUUCUUUCACUCGGAGUUUUAUCAGGUGUCUUCCAUGAAACUACAUCACACUCACCCAAUGUUAGCAAGCAGGAAACAUCCCAUUUCUCUUCCUAUACCUGCCCAGAUUUCAGUUUGGCGACUACCAAUUGGGAUUGCAUGAAAUGCCUCAAGGCUUCUUCUCCAGACUGUGGAUUCUGUGCUUCUGGAACAAACAAGCUAUUCCCAGGAGCAUGUUUGAUAUCAAAUAACACAGUGAAAGACUUGUGCCACAGUGAAGGAAGACUAUGGUACACUAGAGGAUGUCCAAGCAGAUAUGGAUGGCUGGCUUUAAUUGGUUUAGCCUUAUACAUAAUUUUCUUUUCCCCAGGGAUGGGAACAGCGCCUUGGAUUGUGAACUCAGAGAUAUAUCCCUUGAGGUUCAGAGGAGUCUGUGGAGGAAUUGCAGCAACUGCUAAUUGGAUUUCAAAUCUAAUUGUUGCACAGUCUUUCCUAUCACUAACACAAUCCAUUGGGACUUCCUGGACAUUCUUCAUUUUUGGAGUCAUUUCUGUGGUGGCAUUGUUUUUUGUCCUAGUUUUUGUCCCUGAAACUAAAGGACUGCCAAUUGAGGAGGUGGAGAAGAUGCUCGAGCAGAGGGAUGUCCAUUUUGCCUUUUGGAAAAAACAAGCUGGUGAAUCAGAGAAGAAAGCUAAUACUAAUGUAUGAAUGGUGCAUUAUCAUUUUGCUGUUGAACCUGUAUUAUUUUCUACAGACCUACCUCAAAGUAUAUUAUUAUUAUUAUUACCUCAUUAUCUUCAUGUUUUUAAUUCUUA